CCCACAGCACCGACCAGAUUUGUCUGACGCUUUUAAUUAUGGCUGAUACUGGCGAUACCUACCGUCCUCGCGAGAGGUCUCGAUCUCGUCGUCGAUCACGGAGCCCUGGUCGUUCUAACAAUCGCGGCCACCGUUCACUGUCGCCCCGAAGCGGCUCUCGCAGCCCCAGACAACGCCGUUCUCGCAGUCCGAUGACUGGUCAGGGCGCUCCUGCGGGAGGUUCGGGUCAGGGAUACAGGCAGCCACACCAGGGCGGCUACGAAGAUCGUUCGCAGGCACGAGAACAAAUGAUGAGCAGCAUUAGGGACAACUCUCAACAAGACCGCCGCGUCUACGUCGGCAACCUGUCGUACGACGUCAAGUGGCACCACCUAAAAGAUUUCAUGCGUCAGGCCGGAGAGGUUCUCUUUGCCGAUGUCUUGCUACUUCCGAAUGGAAUGUCGAAGGUGGGCGUAAUUGUGGAGUAUGCUACCAGGGAUCAAGCUCAGCAUGCGGUCGCGACGCUGAGCAACCAGAACCUGAUGGGUCGCCUUGUCUACGUCCGGGAGGAUCGAGAGGCCGAACCACGAUUUAACGCUCCGGGCGGAGGCCGUGGAGGCUACGGCGCCGGCGGCGCUGGCGGCGCUGGCGGCGGCAUGGGCUACAACGCCAACGGCGCUUAUGGUGGUGGUGCCAUGGGCGGUGGUGGUAACGAGCGACAGCUGUAUAUCUCUAAUCUUCCGUACACUGUCGGAUGGCAAGACGUCAAGGACCUGUUCAGGCAGGCAGCCCGUACCGGCGGCGUUAUCCGUGCCGAUGUUCACGCUUCGCUUGAUGGUCGACCGAAGGGCUCUGGCAUUGUCGUAUUUGAGACUCCCGAUGAUGCUCGCAACGCUAUCCAGCAGUUCAACGGCUACGACUGGAACGGUCGCAUUCUUGAGGUCCGCAUCGACCGCUUCGCCAACAACAUGGGAGGCGGGUUCGGCGGCCGAGGCGGCUACGGUGGCCGAGGCGGCUUCGGAGGUGGCUUCGGAGGCCGUGGUGGAUUU